GUUUUUUUGACGGCUGCUAUUUCUUCUCCUCCAUCUUUAGCUUCUCAACCCUUACCUACCUUUAUCAAUUUCGCAUUUUUAUUCAAACAUUUUAUAUUCUAUAAACGCAUUAUAUCCUGUAUUUUUUACUAUUAGCCAAAUGUCAAACACCACAGACGACAAGGACAACAACAUAUUGACCAGUCCAGACAAAAAAUGGAGCGUCGUUCUCACGUGCCCAGACUGCCGCAAGGAGCCGCCCAACAUUGUUGAGGACUUUGCCUCGGGUGACCUGGUCUGUGGCGACUGCGGCCUGGUUCUUGGAGACCGUAUUAUUGACACUCGUUCCGAAUGGCGCACCUUUGCCAACGACGAAGGCGGCGAUCCCUCUCGUGUCGGUAGCGCUGCCAACCCGCUCCUGGAUGGCGACCAGCUGGACACAUUAAUUGCCAGUGGCAAUGGUGGUUCCGGACUGGCCCACAACCUCAACCGUAUACAGGGCCGCACGGCGUAUGAGGUGCAUGGUAAGGUCUUGGCCCAGACAUAUAAAGACAUAUCAUCUCUGUGUGAAGCCUUCACCAUGUCAAAAUCCACAAUUGACAUUGCCAAGGGCUUGUAUAGAAAAAUGGAAAAUGGAAAACUGCAGCGCGGUAGAAACAGCGACGCUAUUAUUGCUGGAUGUAUUCUCUUGGCCUGUCGUCAGGACAAUGCUCCGAGGUCAUACGCAGAGAUUUGCAAGCUAACAAAGGUCAACAGGAAGGACAUUGGAAGAACGUUAAAGUUCAUAAAGGCCAAGCUGGGCACAGACUCUGGCAAAACAUCGUCAAACGACCUUAUUGGACGCUUUUGUUCUAAUCUCGGUCUGGAUCAGGACACUCAGAGAAUUACAAAUAUACUGGCCGAGAUGGCAAAGGACAUUCAGAGUAUCGCGGGCAAGUCGCCUGUUUCCAUUGCCAGCGCUUGUAUUUACAUGGCGUCGCACCUCACGGGCAAUAGCAGAGAUGCAAAUGAAAUCUCUAAAAUUUCUGGCGUUGGUGGGACUACCAUCAAGACGACCUACAAGGUCCUGUACCAGAACCGCAACACCCUCCUUACACCUGAAAUUAUGCGUGAGGGAUCCGCCGCCAAUGAGUCCAACCUCAUCGAACCGUGAGAGACGAACGGAAUGCUACACAAACAUGUUAUUUGCAAGUGGCAAACUGCUCGAGACAAGCCCGCUGGAAAGCAUGGUAAAUUGGGGUGACAAAGCUUUGAGCUCUUAGUGAUCAAGCUCGCAAGCCGAUUCGGUCAGCAAGCUGGACACGCAGCCCAACCCCCGGCUUAUAAAUCAGGUUUUAAUGCUGUACUUUUUUUUG